AUGACUACUGCCGCCGACGCUACUGCUGACCCUAAGGCUGGCUCACUUUCUGUCAAGGAUAGGAUAGCUGCCUUCGGGACCAUCUUCGAGUCCGAGUCGCCUUUCCUGAGCAUAGUCUGCAGCAUUAAGAAAUCUGGGUACCUGCUUUACUACGGAGGAGAGCGGAGUCCUAGCUGCAUCGACCUGGCCAACGCCUCGGAAGCUGGUUUGCAAGCGCUGGCCGACGCUUGUCGGCCGGUGACGACUGUUACAGGCAGAAAACACGUCAAAGACGAGAGAUAUCGCCUUCCAAGAGAGAUGGACCCAUGCGACAUUGGGACCCAGCUCGACUUGGAGGAUUUGAGGCUCUCAGAGCACCUCACGGCAGACCUCUUGAGCAACGGUUCCGAGGUCAAGCCCAGAUUCAUAUGCAGGCUCGAUAAGCUCAAUGUGUAUGGCAAAGGCUCAUGCUACAAGGCGCGCAAGAAUACAUCGCGUAAAGAAACUAUGGUCGGGUCCCUCCUCGUCGUCUUCCCCACACCUCACGAGGGAGGUACUAUCGUUCUGCGCGACAAAGGCGAGGAAUGGCCGCUCAACUCGACCCCCAAGAUAUCCGGCAACGGCAAACCCCACAUCUGCUUUGUCGUCUUUCCCUCUUGCGUCGAACACGAGAUCACCAAGGUGACCUCUGGUCACCUGGUCACCUUGACCUACGAGUUAUACCUCGAUACCAAGUCUACUGUGCCCUCUCUCAAGCUAUCACGCCAGCUCGAUCCUCCCGACGACUCCGCCCUCUCGAAAGUCGGCCAGGAGCUCAAGUCCAUGCUCGUCGACUUCCUCGGGCGCCCGGAGUUCCUCCCCUCUGGCGGCUUCAUCGGCUUCGGCCUCCGAUUCAUGUACGGCUUGGACAGCAACACGUCUAUGACCAGACUCGCCGGCAACCUCAAGGGCUACGACGCAACAAUCAAGCAGGCCUGCGACGAGCUGAAUCUAGGCAACAAACUCUUUGUGCACUACGCCGCCUCUGCCGGCACCGGACACACCAAACAGCGGCUUUUCGUCACGCGUCGCGCGUUCCUCGAGGCUCAAGACGACAGGGAGUACAGCAAGGAAGGUGUCGAUAACUACAAGUUCUUUGCUGAAAAGGGGUCCCCCAUUUUGCGCCACGCCGGCACGAAGACCAUACAGGAUAGCAAUGGGGACGAGGUGAAGACGUAUGAGGUCCAUUGGCUGACGCCGAUCUCGACCGCCUUCAACAUCGUCAGGACCACCUACAAGCUAACCGGAAAAGAAGCGCGACUAGGCUAUACCCACGGGACGCCAAUCCUCCUCACAUAUAUCAGUUCGUACGAUAUCAGAAGGAAGAGUGCGAAAAAAGCUGGCACAAAAUCGGGCACACAGCGAGCUCCCGUUGUGGAGGCGCAUGACCCUCGUAAAUCAUCGUAUCCCAGAGACGAUGCGGAAGGCUCCGAACCGGAAACUCAACAAGGAAAGCAACAAGGACGGCAGCGAUCGCCGGAAGCGAGCGGCAGGAAAGCUAGCGCUCCCGCGCCCACUCAGACGACAAACCAGGCUCCCGCUGAAAUUGUCCCGUCCGAAGCCAAAGUCGGUGAUGACAUACCCCAAAUUUGCACGAGAUCUACCAGAGAAGCCCCUGAGGACGCACCAGAUGCCACUCCUCACAAGCCUGUUGCUGUCGCUGACAAGGCUCAGGCUUCUGCGACUGAUGAAGUGCCUCAGGCGCCGACUUCCCUCACCGCUGCACCAGUCGAAGCUGCGUCCGAUAGGCGUAGUAAAUCCAGCAAUCCGGCAAAAAAUGAUGCGGUCGUCUCCGAAUCUCGACAUACCAUUGCGUCUCGAUCAUCCACCAAGCCCUCCCUCGCUGUCGUACCUCCAUCGCAGUCCAAGGGGAGCGGCAAACGCAAGGCAGAAGCACCUGCACAAACCACUCGCUCAAGCAAGCGCCUCAAGGGCAAGCAACAAUGA